CGGGCAGCGAAACGCAAAGGGUGUAAGGAAGUUUGAAAACCAAUUAAAAAAAAGAAGAAGAAAAAAUUAAAACGAUGUUUAAUGAGAAUUGUUUUUUAAAAAUUUUGAACCAAUAAAUAAAUUAAAAAAAUAAGUUAAUAAGUGAACGAAAAGAAAACUAAGUAAAAUGCCCGUACCAAAUCGUACCUCGGAUUUAUCAGCUAUAGCGGUUAAUACAAAUAUUCCGGAUGAUAGUGUCGAUUGUGGAAUACGCGUUUUGGGCUGGUGUCGCGGCCCCUCGUGCCAGAAAUAUGCUCGUCUGCGAACUUUCGUCAUUGUCUUGGCCUGUGCUGGCCUCUUACAGGGCAUGUGUGAAACAUAUUUUCGCAUAUCGGCCAAACAGGCAGCAUUGGAUAAUGAUUGGAAUCCCCUGAUUGUGGAAUGGCUCCUGGUAAGCAGUGGAAUAUUUCAGGCCAUAUUCGCUCUGGCUUUUGCCUAUUGGGCCCAUCGAAUACAUCCGAUUAGUUGGUUGGGUGGUGUUAUAAUUUUACAAGGUUUGACCUGUAUCAUAUCAAUGCUGCCAUCGAUAAUGAAUUUUGCUGAUGGCGUGCGUUACACAGACACAGCCGAGGAGGAUAGUAUUUGUGCCACAACAUGGCAAACGGGCAAAUUGCUGUCGGUGGAGAACAGCAAGUUAUUAAUUUUGGCUAUGCUCUUCGUGCUGCAGUUUGCCCUGGGUCUGGGAUCUUUGGCCUUCUAUACGAUUGGCAUAACUUACAUAGAUGAUAAUUCCGAUUCCAUUGAUAGUCCUGCCGUUAUUGCCACGGCCUUUGGGGCCAAAAUUGCCGGGUUGCAAACAGGUUCCAUGUUGGUGCUGGGUGUGGGAGCCAUUGGUCUGGGCUGGUGGUUGGGUUGGGUUAUAUUGGCUCCUUUGGUUAUUGUCACUGGCAUCCUACUGGGUCUCUUCCCAAAACAAUUACCCAAAACCGUGAUACAUCAAGCUGCCCAACGAAUUAUCGAAGAGAGUCGUAGUCGUCAGUUUGGUAGUCAAUUCUCCACCUACAUUGAUGACACGGCAUUUGGCCCCUCGGUGAAGAGGGUCUUUGGCAAUAAACUGCUGAUGUUCAAUAUUCUCAGCGUCAUGUUUAUACAAUCGGCCACAAUAAAUUUUUCCCUGCAAGAGGAAAAUUAUUUACAAUCCCGCUUCUAUUUGCCCUUUAGCGAGGAGGAUGGCCUCGAACAGGAAUGGCGUUCACGUUUCAUAUCGUUCUUUUUGAAACCGGCGGCUGCAGCCAUAAGCAUGUUUCUGGGAGGACUUGUCAUAUCCAAAAUGAAAUUGAGCGGAAGAAAAAUAGCCUCCAUCAACAUAGGCAUGUGCGUCAAACUGCUGGCCAUCUACAUAGCCUAUAUAUUUAUAAAAUGUGAAGUUGGACCCCUUGCCGGUGUUACAAAUGGCAAAAUUGAACAGCCAGCCUGCUCGAGAAAUUGUAUCUGCACUCCAACCUCAUUUAUGCCAGUUUGUCCGGAAAACUCCACUGUGACAUAUUUUGCACCCUGUUAUGCGGGAUGUACCAGGAAGACUGUUAUUAAUAGUGUUGAGUUAUUUGAAGGCUGCAGUUGUGGUGGAACGGAUAAUUAUGAAAUGGAUUUGACGAAUAGUAAACGAGCUACGCUGGGGGCGUGCAGUGGUGAAAAAUGUAGCUCAAUGUUGUGGAUAUUCCAAAUGCUAAGUAUCUCUGCGGGAGUGGUUUAUGGCAUCACAACGAUAGGAAAGAUUAUAAUAAGUCUGAGGAGUGUUCUGCCACAAGAUAAGGGCUUGGCGCUGGCAAUGGAAGUGAUGUUGGUGGGUUUGUUUGCCUACGUUCCGGUACAUUUGGCCUAUGAUGUGGUGUCACGUGCCACCUGCAUUUACUGGGCUCCGCAUUACACCCAAUGUCUGCUGCGCGAAACUCCCAAACAUGGCAAUAUUUUGGAUAUUUUAUCGGCCAGUUUAAUAUUUGUCGGAUUGAUAUUCGACAUUUUUGUGUUUAUUUACAUUAAAGGUCUGAAUAUCUACAAUUGCAAAGUUACGGAUCACAAUUACACACCCUCGCUGUACUCGGCUGUGCCACAAGGUGAUCCCACUCAUACCGCUGCAGGAGGUAGUCCGGUGACAACAAUGACAACGGUAUCCCGGCAAGCACCACCACCACAACCCAAUAGGCCGGCUCCGAAACCAGAAAUUACCGUAUUUCGCCAACCCAGUACCUUGACCAAUUCUUCCGGUGGUGGCAGUAGCAUUGUGGAGCCACCAACCAAUGGUGUAACCUAUGCCCAAGUGGUAUUUCCACCCGAUAAACGUAAACCCAAUGAUGGUAGUGCCAGUCCCAAACGUAUGGCUGUGAGGGCCGAUGUUCCUCUGCAUCAUUUAUCGACCGAUGAUGUUCGAGCCCAGUUGAGUAAUUUGAAAUCAUUUAAUCCGCAAGCAAACGGCACAGCAACAACGGCAAUGACAAACGAACAAAAUAAUAAUAAUAACAACAAUAAUAAUAAUCCAGUGCCAGCAGUAAAGAGUUCAACCGGUGCCAUACCCAAGAGGCCAAUGGAAACCGAUUUAGAUGCCAUUCGACCACAAAGUCCUGAAACGGAUUUUUAAUUUUUAACGAUUUCAUGACUUAAUUUAAAUUUAAUCACUUUUUAUAUUUUUUAUAAAUACUAUUUUCUGAUACAUCUACAGAUCUACGUUCACGGACUCAUUUCCCAUGCCAUAAUACAUACAUACUUAUAUAACAACCUAUUUCGAAUUCAAUAUUUUCAAAAUAAUUAGUAAGAUAGCUAAGCAUAUUUUGUAUCUACACACAUUCUAAAAUAAAGUGUAUG